AUGGUAGAGGAAACCACUAAUCCCGCCACUGUUAAUCCCACCAGAACGAAAAGCAAGACAACUCGACCACGUCCAGUGUAUCUGUGGAACGUGCUCGACGUGCAGAAGUGGCUGAAACGUCACUGCAACGACUAUUAUCAACUGUAUUACGAGAAGUUCCUGCAUCACGACAUUACAGGAAAGACAUUGCUACGAAUAAAUGAGAAUAGCUUGAGGCGAAUUGGUAUCGAUAAUGAUCAACACAGAGUGGACAUAUGGAGGGAGAUAAUGAAACUGCAUCUGAAAACAGACAUGUUAGAGCUUAAGGAUAUUGAGCGACGAAAUAAUAUGAAUAUGAACCUUGACUGA